GGAGCUCAGGAGGCAAAAUCCAAAUCCACGAAUGGCGGCAGAAGCUGCCGGCGGCGGCCAUAUUCAGGUGGGAAGACGGAUAAUAAGAAGACCCACCACCCUUCUUCCCCGACCCACUCUCCUUCCUCUCCGCCGUGUCCCUUCACCUCUCGCCAACUCCAUUUCCUGCUGGUACUGUGACUACAAGACUUCAUUUUUCAAUGAACCCAUCUUCCAUUUUGGCCGCAAAUACUCCAGGUGGUUGAAAAUCUGGUUUUCAAUUGGGAUGGGUUUCAGCCUCACCACUUUGAUUGGAGUUACAAUGAUUGUCUUGAUGGAAUCAGCUAGAGUUUUGAAUUUGUACAAUGAGAUCCCGUGGCUUAGCAAUAUUCUAAAUGGAUCUAUUUUGGGACUCUACGCUCCGGUUGUCAAAUAUAGUAUAUCAAUGGCUGAUGUUGGAUAUAUGUGUGUAUCUACAAUCAUAUCUGUAUCUGUACAUGAACUUGGACAUGCCCUCGCCGCCACAAGUGAGGGCAUACAAAUUGAGUACGCUGCCGUGUUUUUGGCAGUUCUGUUUCCAGGGGCUCUGGUGGCUUUUAAUCACGAGUUGCUGGAAAUGGUACCGCGAGUAGCUACACUUAGAAUAUACUGUGCCGGAAUCUGGCAUAAUGCAGCACUGUGUGUGGUUUGCGCAUUGACUUUGUUCCUCCUACCAUUCAUCUUAUAUCCACUCUACCUGCAUGGUGAAAGCCUCAUGGUUUUGGAUGUUUCUCGUGAGUCACCUUUGUAUAAUUACUUAGCUCCCGGUGACUUAAUUACUAAAUUGGAUGGCAAGCGUGUCCGCAAUUCUAGAGAGUGGAUGGACACAGCUUACUUGCUGGACAAACAAAUAUUUCAAACCACAAAUCAUUAUGUCAGCAAUAAGGGGUAUUGUGUCCCUAAUCUAGAGAUUGCAGAGACCAAGAAUCCUGAAAUUGUAGACAACGAAUUCAAAUGUCCAAACGAGCUCACUUUAUUUACUACUAUUCCCUGUGAUCGUUCAAGUACAAUGAAUGACAGUAGCAGCAAUGCAUCUGAUCAUCAACUGACAAGGGAGCAUGUUUACUGUUUUCCUGCAAAAGGCGUAUUGGGGGAGAAAAAAUGUGGUGACAGAUGGGAUGAUAUUGUGAAAGAUAAUAGCACCUGUCUAUGUACAGAGAAUGAGUCGUGCUCAACACCAAUCUAUAUGCCAGGUGUAGCAUGGGUUGAAAUCACAUUUUCAAGACCUUGCUCAAGUUAUAAUGAUUCUGGCUCUGAAGAAAAUAGGUGUGGUGGAACUUUCGUUUUCAUAGGUGACAUGAUGUCGAUGGCGCGUUCCAUUUGGUUAACCGGAUAUCUACCUCGCUGGUCAUAUAUUGGUGCAUUGAUUCCAGUUGUAGUGGAGAAGCUGUUGGUGAACAGCUUUCAUGUAUCGUUGAUGCUCGCUCUUCUCAACAGCUUACCAAUGUAUUAUCUUGAUGGAGAAUCUAUCCUAGAGGUGGCUCUCUGUUGUCUCUCACUGACCCCAAGGAUAAGAGAAGCGGUUCUUCGAUCAUCCUUACUAACAGGAACCCUUGUUUGUUGUCUAUUGCUUCUGAGGUUCAUAUUGUUUGUAAUUUUGUAGCAUUAUUAAUUCAAUAUGAUAAGAUUUCCAUGUUCA